GGGAAUUUCCAGACAUCAGCGAUUUGCGAAAACAUUUUUUACUUUAUUCUUAGUACUGGGAUAUUCGAACGAAGGGUUUUCAGAUGAAGGAGUAAUCAAAAAGUCUUCUACGAGUGAUUGGACAUCAAAAGCUGUUGUCUGCCUUUUCCUAUUAUAGGAGCGCAAUAAACAGUGACGUCACAACUCAAAACAUGAAUUCGUGUUUGUAGAUUCAUCCCAUUCACCCACUAUAACAGUGUAGCAGUGUCGUUAUAAAGGAUUCGACAGGAUCCAUUACAUUUUCAUGAUUGUACUACUUUGUAUUCGUCUACCUUUCAAAUAAGAGUUUAAAAAAAAAAAAAAAAAAUCUUGGAACACAAUGCCGAAUCCGUGUAGAUCUUAUUCCAACAAUUUCGUUUCUCCAAUGAGACACAGCGAGUCGAGUAUGACAUUUCUGAAAGAGUUUUCGGUACUGACUGAAUUUGACGAGGAACAUAAUUGCAAAAUUCAGAGCUUGAUAGUCUUAAAGUCAGGCGCAAUUAUUGUCGCCGAUAUUAAAAAUGGUUUAACUAAAGUGUUUGACAUGGAAGGCACUUAUCUCGAUUCGGUGCAUAAUGGCGGCAGAGUUUUCGGUUUGACGGUGAUAGGGGACACCAAGUUCGCAGUGACGAUCAACGGAAGAAAGCAAAUAGCGUUUUACGAACUGGUUAAUGGAAAACUUAAACUCGUAAAUCUCGUGAACACUGAUCGUCGAUAUUUCGGAAUUGCGAGACAUCCAAACGGGAAUCUCAUUGUCGGGACGAAAGAAGUGCUCAACUUGAUGACGCCGGAAGCUGAAACAAUUGGACGUAUGACGUCACAAGUCGAUUUUGUAAACCCUUACCACAUCUGCGUGACUAAAGCAGGAAGCGUUGUGGUCGUUGAUUCGGAGAAGGUAUGCAUUGUCGUUUUCGACAGCGACGGUUACGUCCAGAGACAAAUUCAUGUGGGGUAUUUGUACUUGAGAGGCAUAGCUGUGACCGAUGAGGUCAUAUUCUUCGUGAACAACGCGAAGGAUCACGUAUUUAUGAUCUCCAUGAAUGAAGACCACGUGACUCGUAUCUAUGGAAACGAGAAGAAGUUAAACAAGCCCACUGCCCUGUGCGUGCUUCCGGAUGGUAAGCUUAUAAUAUCGGAAGAAGAGGUGAUUAAGAUUUUUAAGAUCGACAAAUACCACGAAAUCACAGCGUCGUACAUUUCAAAACUACGCACCUUUAAGUCGUUUAUUUCGUCGUUGCCAUGGAGACACGUUUCUGACACAAUCGGUUUACAGGGAUUUUUAGAAAUUGUACAUGCAGUUUGUGUGUAUAUUUAAUUAAAAUAUAUACGUAUUUAAGAGGUGUUUUCUUAAAGAAACAUUCCUGAGUUUGCUGCAUUGUAAGAUGUUUCCGACUAAUAAAAUAAUUCUACGAUUAAACUUACAUAUUAAAUAUAUUUUCUUGUUUAGAAUAUCAGUGU